AUGGCUACCAUUCUUCGCAAACUCUUCGGCCGCAAGAAGCAGCCCCCUCUCGUCUGUUCCAUCUCCCUCGAUGACCAGGGCCAUCCCCUGGGCGAUGAUCCAAAUCACAUUCAUACAGCUGCCUGCUUUAUUGAUUUUGAGCCUCUUGCCGUGGUCGAACUCUUUCAAUCUCAAGGCUGCCAGGCGUGUCCUCCUGCCAUUCCUGCCAUUCUCCAGGGGACAAACAACCCAAACCUCAUUCUCCUGACUUUCAACGUCACGACGUUCAACCACUUGGGCUGGGAUGAUACCUUUGCCAAGCCAGCCUGGGACCAGCGUCAAAGAGCAUACGCCAUGAAGCAGCAGCGCAAGACCCUCUCUUUCCCACAAGUUAUUGUCAAUGGGGUUGCCGAUGGCUCCGGUGCUGGCGGUAUGGACAGUGUCCAGGAGAUUGUGCAGCGAGCCAGGGCCAGUCAAAUGAACAGACCUUGGCACAUCUACCUGGAUACAAAUGACACAGAUGUCAGGAUUGACUCUGACGCUGUAAUGGUGGCGGAUCAUGAAAUUAUUCUUGUGGUCUACAGAAGCACUGACGAGAAGGUCAAGAUCCGCAAGGGACCCAAUAAGGGCGUCAAGCUUGACCACCGCAAUGUUGUCACGGAUGUGGUCAAGAUUGGGACGUGGACUGGCGGAGAUGUCACAGUGUCUCUUCCAGCCUCCAAGGAUUCAAUGGCGCCAGGGCAGAAUGCUGUUGUUUUGGUUCAGGAAGGGGGUGCUGGAGGCCCUAUUGUUGCCGUUGCUAAAGUUUAA